GAACGUCAUCUGCCUCAUACAUUUAGCUUUAGCCGAAAUUAGCUAGACGCUCAAAACGAGUGUGUUUCUUUUCAACCGGCAGCUUACGUAACGCUUAUUUAUUUAGUGCUCCCCGGGUUCACAGUACCAAUCAUGUAUAUAAAAGCUUUAUUCCGAUGCAGAGACAUGCUGAAAGGAGAACUGACCGUGUGAAAUGCUGGCUAGCGUAAUCAAAGCUAGCUGACGAGCAGGGGCCGAGAAACGAAAGUGGCUAACAUUAACGAGAGCUAAGCCUAUCACUACAAGCCAGGGCACUUUAACAUACCUGAUCCUAAAGCCACGAGAAGAAGGGCUGACAAAGAUACUUCUUAUCCUACAAAGUAGCAGUGGGUCUCUCAAGGGCAGAGCCAUGGGUGCGUUCCUGGACAAACCCAAGACAGAAAAGCAUAAUUCACAUGGUGAGGGCAAUGGCCUGCGCUAUGGGCUGAGCUCCAUGCAGGGCUGGCGGGUGGAGAUGGAGGAUGCUCAUACAGCUGUGUUGGGACUUCCUGCUCCUGGUAUGACUAACUGGUCGUUUUUUGCUGUGUAUGAUGGUCAUGCUGGUUCGAGGGUUGCCAACUAUUGCUCUAAGCAUCUUCUGGAACACAUAAUCAGUGCUAGCUUAGGGGCCAGAGGGACACAAGGCUCCCAGGCUGGUUCAGACAGUUCCAGCAGUGACCCUCCAGCGCAAGUUCCUCCUACAGUGGAGGCUGUGAAAGCCGGGAUCCGGACAGGCUUUCUGAGGAUUGAUGAGCACAUGCGCAGCUUUUCUGAUCUUCGAAAUGGCAUGGACCGUAGUGGCUCCACGGCAGUGGGAAUCCUCCUGUCACCAGAACAUUUCUUUUUCAUUAACUGUGGUGAUUCUCGAGCUGUUCUGUACCGCAAUUCACAUGUGUGCUUCUCCACACUUGACCACAAGCCCUGCAACCCACGUGAGAGAGAGCGCAUCCAGAAUGCUGGUGGCUCAGUGAUGAUUCAGAGGGUUAAUGGGUCACUGGCCGUAUCAAGAGCCUUGGGGGACUAUGAUUACAAGUGCGUGGAUGGGAAGGGCCCCACAGAGCAGCUGGUGAGUCCUGAACCAGAAGUGUUUGAGAUGGUUCGGGCCCCAGAACAGGAUCAGUUUGUGAUCUUGGCCUGUGAUGGCAUCUGGGAUGUCAUGUCCAAUGAGGAGCUGUGCGACUUUGUAAAAUCUAGGCUUGAGGUGUCUGAUGACCUGGAAAGAGUCUGCAAUGAAGUGGUGGAUACCUGCCUGCACAAGGGGAGUCGGGAUAACAUGAGUGUUGUGUUAGUGUGUUUGCCCAACGCUCCCAAAGUGUCAGAGGAAGCUGUGAGGAAAGAUGCUGAGCUCAACAAAUAUCUGGAGUCUCGAGUGGAAGAGAUGCUGUCUCGGCCGGGGGAGGAGGGGUUUCCGGACCUGGUAACAGUGAUGAGGAACUUGUCUACUGACAGCGGCAUGCCCCCCCUGCCACCAGGGGGAGGCCUUGCCAGCAAACGCAGUGUUAUUGAAGCAGUAUACAACCGUCUCAACCCAUACAGGGAGGAAGAUGGGAGCGGAGCUGAUUUGGAGUACCACUGGUAGCUGUCCAGCGCAACUGCCUGAUCCAAAAAACAGGACCACUUUUCCACACAAGAUCACAUCUAUAGUCACCUUUUAAUUUUUAAACACCCCCCCCCCCCAACACUGAGAGAUCAAUCCAAGCAGAAAUCCUGGUUUUAAAAACACACAAUACAUCCAACGUGGAGGACUGCAAAACAGAUUUGGUUGGUUCUUUUUAUAGAACAAAAUGGGGAAAAAACAGGAACAACUGCUUCACUGGUAUACAGUAUAUAUAUCAUAGGAGAGGCAAACAAGCACAGUUUCUCUUGCCCCUUGUUUUCUUGCUGUCUUUGCAGUGGUUGUUUUUUUUUGUUUGUUUUUUGUUUUUUUGGUGGCUCGACAGAGACACAGGAGCAGCCCUGCUUUGAACGCUUUGGGGUUCUAUGGUGCCUUGCUCAGAACUGAGAGAGAGAGGGGAGGACUUCACAACAGCCAGCCAUGACCAAACCAGCCACUCAUGGAUGUUUUAGGGGGUUGUUGGCUGCGUUUUUUGUUUAAUUUGUUUUUUGUUUUUGUUUUUGUUUGUUUGUUUGUUUUUGGGGCAUUAUUUGUUUUGAAGUGUGAACUUUACUUGCACCUGACUGGUAGCCAAUCAACCACACAGGCCUGUGAUUCCCACACAACUUAAGUUUGUCCAGCUCAGGCAAGCUUGGGUUUCUAGGCAUUACUAGUCCUCAAACGGGGCCCGACACUUCACCUGCCCUUGCACCCGGCUCGCUGGAGAAAGCCUCACAGAAGUCCCAGGUUUAAAACUCCCAAAGUCCUCACUUUUCAAAGACCUCUAGGUUAAAGCCUCAAAUUCAGCGCCGCAGAGCUCCAUUGAUCCUGAGGCUACACACCUGAUCACAAGGGGAACGCUCAUGAGAGAACCAAGUCUGUCUAGGAACAAAUGUCAGUUUGGCUCCUCCAAACUAAAACAAGACCAAACAGUUUAAACUCAAGUGUGAUGACUCUACUUGCACAUCUCUGCUCACUUGCUCUCCUCAUCUCUUAAAGGAUGUUAUCAAACAGAUGAUUUCUCACUUUUCCUCUCUGUCUCUCUCUCUUUUAGCUUUCUCUGUUUCUUCAUAUGACAGAAGAGACUCGGCUGCCAUUUGGAUUUGGCAGACAUGGCCAGAAUCAUGUUGUUGUUUAAGAGAUAGAAAGAUAGAAAUUAUAUGUAAAAUUUCUCUCUCCCUCUCUACAUACAUACACACAUAAAUACAUACAUACAUACAUACAUA